AUGUCUGAAAAUGAGAUAUCGGAAAUAUCCGGGACAGAUUUCGAGGAUUCUGGUUCGGAAUAUACUCCAUCUGAUAAAGAAAACCAGCGUAAUAGGCAUCGUUCUCGGAAAAAACUUGUAAUUCCUGAAAGUUCUGAUGAAUCUUCUGUUGAGGAAGCUAAUGAUGGAAUUUCAUCAAAAGAAGUUGCCGAAGACGAUAGCGUAUGCAAAAGUCGGAAAAGAAAAAGGAACGUAUGGAACUGGAAAAAGGAGAAGGCAAAACGAGCCAGGGCUUUCGGACAAGCGUACCUAAAUGUGAAAGGAAGUUCUGUACCAGCAAAGAUUUUUAAUAGUGAAGACUGUAAAAGAACUCGUUUUUCUUCCUCUUUGACUGAUAUUAAUCUAGAUGUUUUGUACCCCAAUGGUCGCCCCAUAGAGAAGAAAAAAUAUGAAGAUCUAUUACAGCUUUUACCAUAUGUUCUUCCAAUUCGACAUGAUUUCUAUCGCAACUUGAAGACAAAUAAUUCUGCACAAGAUACUGAAGCUGACUUCUAUGAUGAUGACCUAACCCAAGAC